UCUUGGUUGUUGAAAAGCUUAAGAAUUAUCACUCUUUUUUCUAUAAGAUAAAACGCGGGCAUCUUUGUGCAGGAAGCUCGGAAAACUAAAACAACAUGACUCUACGAUUAAGCUGCGUUUUUCUACUUGCCUUUGUAGCUGCCACUCUUUUGUCAGCUUUUGCGGCUGAUUUUAGCGACACAGCAUGUGGCGGUAUGUGCAUGAAAGUCCUUCGCAGGUCUGGAAAGGUUCUGUUUCGUCGUUGUCGUAACAACAAGGCUUUUGCCAAAGCCUUCACUGUAGAAAUGGAUGUCAUUAAGCAACUGGGGGCGAAUGGCACAGAUAUCGGAAAGAAUCGAUCAAUAGAUCCUAAAGCUCAAGAUUUCACCAUGGCAAAACUGAACAAAUCCGCUGUGUUGCAAGGCCUGAAGGCGAUGAAGCUCUCCGCCAAGGCUCACUUCAAGGCUCAAAAGGCAAAUCUGCACGUUGACAUCUACAUUCUUUGCCAAAACGGAACGAUCAAAUUCGAUGAUGAUGAGAUAGAAAUGAAAACUGGCUCAAUGAAAUUAUUCCUGAAGCUUGAAAACUAUACUUCCAGUGAGGCGAAGGAUAUUGAGUUGGGACUCAUUGUCCAGGGAAGAAAGGGUCAAAACCCAAGGAAAGACGAAGACAUCAAAGACAGUGACGGUAAACAAAAGAAACUCAAUCGAAAAAUACCAUGCCGGAAAACAGGUAAAUGCGGCAAGCAUUUCCGCUUUGGCAGUGGAGACGAUACCGACGAUGAAAUGUCAGCUGCUAGUAAGUGCAAAGUAAAUGGCAAAUUUGCCAACUUCAGCAGCGGUGGCUACCCAAAGCUCGAGAGGAUCGGCACCAAGUAUAGGAUUGCUUUCCGAGUACCCGCCAGUCUCAGCAGAAGCAUUGAAAUUGACCCAGGAGUGACAUUGGGGGAUGAACUUGAUGACGAAGACGACAAAGACGAUAAAGAAGGCAACGCAGUUUCCGUUCAGCUGAAUUUUUUGUUGCUUUUCGUGAUGCUGGCAGCCAUAUUCGCGUUUAACUGAGAACAGUGAAGUUUUACGUUAGGCUUUUGAAAAGCUAUAUGUUGUUUUUUUAAUCUGAUGUAGCUCACAUCAAGAAACCUGUGAUAGUACCACCCCUCCCUCCCCUUCCUCGCAUUUUUGUUUCCUUUUUCUUACAUUCAGAAUUCACACAUAAUACUGAUGCUUAACGAUGAUUCCUUUUUCUAAUGCAAUGUUUAAUGUGAAGUUUUGAGAGGCAGCGAGUGACGAAAUAAGGAUGGUGAGGUCCUCGGGUGUCCGAGAGCUGUUUCCAAUCUCUUCUCGUUUUCUCGAGCCCAUUUGCUUUGCUAGCGAAGUGUUUAUGGAAAUACGUUGAACAGGCAGUAGUUGUACUUGCAUGGUCAUAUAACGCUUUUAUUAUCCUUUUCAAAAUGUAAUAGCCUAAUAGCCUAAUCAUUUGUAUGUUACACUCUACACGCUGAAUUGAUUGUUACAUUUAAUAAAACCAUUUGCACCUGA